CUCAGCGAGCCCCAGAUCUUCUAGCGAGCGAAGCGAGCUACGCUCCUGCAUCGCCCCCCAAUAUCCUCGUCGCGAGCGGAGCGAGCAGGGCAUCGUUAAUCCAUCGCUCUUCGGGUUCCCCCUCGUUUCGCUUCGCUUGAUGGAUGACGGUUGCUUUUUGAUGGUUGCUCACCGCAUCCCUCUCUUCGUCCCCCCACCAGAAAGCAGACAAGACCUACAAACCCCCCCGCGCCAACACCGACCCCCGCCUCACCUCACCCGGCGUCGCGCCCUACGCGGUCGCCAUCAUGGUCGUUGGCUGGACGCUCCUCUUCAUCGGCGCCUUCGUGGACGAGAUCCCCGCCUCGCUCGAGAACAUCCGGCAGGAACUCGGCGGGGCCGUGCUGUUUGAAAGAGCGGCGAUGGGGAUUGUGAUUUUGCAUGGGUUGGAAACGCUUGUUGCGGUCGGCUUUGCGGUGUAUGGACGGUUCCCGGCGGUGGAUUAUCUGGUCGCGAUUGUUUACGUGAUGGUGUUUGGGAUAAAGUCGUUGGGGGCGACGAUUAAUGUGGCGACGAGGAGGAGGGCUUUGCUGGCAUAGCGUCGGUCUCGUGGCCGCCGAGAAUAGAUAUGCAUCAUCCUUGCACUCAUCAAUCUCACAAACAACAUUCCAUAACAA